AUGCUCUUGGUCAUUACUGAUCUAAGUACUGCCAAUUUUCGUUUGUGUGGUCAAUCGUUGACACAAUUUUUGGACAUGAUCUGUGUUGAUGGUUUUAAUUCCAAAAACCUUAAGGCCAAAAAAUCAGUUCCCUUAAUUGAUUAUAACGAUAAUGGUCUCGAUAGUGAUGCUCUUUUACCCCAGCCAUUUUCAUCAUUAUUUAUGGACAAACUGCUAAAUGCUAAUCCCAAUAGUUUGAUGGCCAAAACUCGCCGACGUCGUCAUGAUGGUGUAGCCGAUGAGUGUUGUCGCAAACCUUGUGCUAUGCCCGAACUAUUAUCAUAUUGCAUAUAA